AUGGCCACCUCUCAGCUCACACUCUGCAAUCGUCGUAGGCUGCGGCCAGCUGAUUCGGACCAGCGGGAGCGUGUAUGGAGCCUGCUGCGGGGCCUGCUGGAGACCUACAGCCACCUGCGGGAGGAGGACCAGAGCUUUGCAGUGGAGGCUGUGGAGCGGCUGAUCCACCCUCAGCUGUGCGAACAGUGCAUCGAGUUCCUAGAGCGACAAGUGGUGCAGUACAUCAAUGCUAGCCCUGAGCGUGGAGGGGAUGAGGUGGUCCAUGCCUUCCUCCUGGUGCACACCAAGCUGCUGGCCUUCUACUCCAGCCGCAACGCCAGCUCUAUCCGCCCAGCUGACCUGCUCAUCCUCAUCCUCCUGGUGCAGGACCUGUACCCCAGCCAGAGCGCCGAGGAGGAGCUCAGUCCCCAGCCCACACCAGGGAAUGUUCUCCCUCAAGGACCCAAGAGAAGUAAGAGCAUUCCUGUGAGUGGCCCUGGCUCCUAUGGAGCUGUAGAGAAGGACUCAGAUGACCCGGACACAGAUGAUCACUCUGUGUCCGAGGUCUAUUACACACCUGAGCCCUCACCAGGCAGACACAGCACAGGCAGCGAGAGCUGGUCAGAGGGUGCUGAAAUACUGAGCACCGGAGAGGCAGACUCUGCAGAUGUCCAGAUGGCAGAGGACUUGAUCCAGACUUUGGGACUUCUGGUCCCUGAAGUUUCAAAUCCCAGAAGGAUCUUCCUGGAUGCCAACCUGCGGGAAGGUUACUGCCCCUUGCUGCCACACAGCAUGCACUGCCUCCCACUAUGGCCAGGCAUCUCCCUCGUGCUCCUGACCAAGGGCCCCAUGACCCAUGUGGCUAUCACCUUGUAUCAGCUGCUGGAUGGUUUCUUGGUGCUGGAGAAGAAGCUGGAAGAGGGGUCAGAGGCAGGAGUCUCACGCUCCUACCCAUUCCUGGCUGAGCUGCGGCAGCGCAUGGAUAAGUUUGUGAAGAAGCUGAGUGGACAGGACAUCCAGUUGCAGAACACCUGGAUGGACUUCAAGAACAAGAUAUUUUCUCGGAAUGAGCCUGGGAGCAACCUGGAGCUGCUACAGGCAGUGGCCAAUGUGAAGCGGCAGCUCUGCUCCAUGUACCGCCAGCUCUUCCUGAUCUCUGCUGGCCAGAGCCUGUCCCAGGGACUGCGGGACCGGGCCCAGAAGCUAAUGAAGGAGAAGCUGCUGGACUGGCGGGACUUUCUGCUGGUGAAGAGCAGGCGCAAUAUCACCAUGGUGUCAUACCUGGAGGAUUUUCCUGGCCUGGUGCACUUCAUCUAUGUGGACCGCACAGCUGGGCAGAUGAUGGCACCAUCACUCAGUGUGACAGAGAAGUCCAGUUCAGAGCUGGGCAAGGGUCCCCUGGCCACCUUCAUCAAGAGGAAGGUCUGGUCCCUGAUCACACUGGCCCGGCGAUAUUUACAGAAGGGCUACACAACGCUUAUGCUGCAGGAUGGUGAUUACUGCUGCUCCUACUUCCUCUGGUUUGAGAAUGAGCUGGGCUACAAGCUGGAGGUGAUGGAGGUGCCAGUCCUGUCUGAUGAUUCUGCUCCUAUUGGGAUGCUGGCAGGAGACUACUACAGGAAGCUUCUGCGUUAUUACAGCAAGAACCACCAGGCAGAGGUAGUGAAGUGCUACGAGCUGCUGACCGUACACCUGGGCAUCAUCCCAUCUGAACUCGUGGUCCAGCAGGCCUGCGACUUGGCCCGACGCCUGUGGGAGCCAUCCCGCAUCCCCCUGCUCUGA